AUGUAUGACUCUAGAUUGCUCGACGCGAUGAGCAGCGCGGCGGUGACGCCUAGACGGUCCCAACGCGAGCGAAAAGUGAUUCCCUCCCAACCACAAGACGACGACGACGACGACCAAGAUGUAACGCCACCCACCAAGAGCGGCAAACGUAAACGCGCCGUGGCAGCCGACUCUGAUGCAGACGAAGAAGGGCAUCAAGCCACCAAACGCAAGACCAAGCGGAAGCCCGUUAAGGAGAAGGAGGGCAAGAAGGUCCCUCGGAAAACGGCUCGUAGGGUCAAGACUACAGGUGACGACGCGUUCGAUCCGAAGCAGGCCGCAAAGGAGAGCAACAUCAAUACGGACAACCCGCUUUUCAACGCGAUAUUGAACCCCGCAGCAGCCCUCCAGUCCACUUCCGAGGACUUCCUCGAGUCAUUGACGGAAUCUCCCGGUCUGGCGUUGGCAGAAAUCGUCAAUAUGGUCCUGCGAUGUUGUGGCUGCAAUGCCACGAUGGAUGCAGACCGGGCCGUUGACUAUGAUGGGGUUGUGGACGCGUUAGAUGACGUUACCGAGGAUUUGAAGAAGGAUCCCGCCACCACGAGUUACCCGCUUAUCUCGAAACUCCCCCUCUUCAAAAAAUUUCGCAAAUCUCUCCGCGAGUUUUUGGAGCGUCUCAUUGCAUCCGCUGCCGACCUCGGCCCCCUCUACACAAGCGAUCUUGUUCCCACAUUACAAGCAUGGGUCAUCGCCAUGUCGAGUUCACAAAUUCGGAGUUUUCGACACACAGCAACAGUAGUGGCUCUCGAACUCGAGAGUGCGCUGUGUGAUGUGGCUGCGCGGGUAGAGAAGGAGGCGGAGCUGAGUGCUCGUCAGCGGGAGGGCGAAAAGAAGAGAAAAGGGGUGGUUGCGAGCGACAAAGGACAUGACGCGAAGGCCGCUCAAAUCAGACAACACCGCGAGAAACUAGCCGAGUUUCUCAAGGAGGGUGUUGAUGGUGUGUUUGUCCACCGAUAUCGUGACCUGGACCCCCUUAUCCGCGCAGACUGUACCGAAGCUCUCGGGAUUUGGUUCAGCAAACACCCCGCUCAUUUUCUUGAUGCCACAUACCUUCGCUACAUCGGCUGGGUAUUAUCGGACAAGGCUACGCCUGUACGGCUUGCUGCGUUGCAUGCUUUGGAAAAAGUUUAUGCGCAGUCAUCCUACGCGCCUAAUGUCCAUCAUUUCACUGAGCGGUUUAAAGGGAGACUCCUCGAAAUGGCUGCUCGCGAUGUUGACUCUGGCGUGCGUGUUGCAGUUCUCGGUGUCAUCGAAGCCAUCGGAAUCAGCGAAUUGGAAGAUGACGAGCGAGAAACGGUUGCACUAUGUGUAUUCGACAUUGAGCCGCGCGUUAGAAAAGCCGUGGGUGGGUUUGUCCGGGCUUGUUGGGAGGAAAUCGUCGAUGAACGUCUGGUGGGCCGAGCGGGAAGGGUCACUGACGAGGAACGCAGUCGUGCUGGUGUGAAAGCACUAAGCACCGUACUCGUCCGAUGGGGGCUGAGGUUGGACGCCGAUCCGGAUGAAGAACAAACAGAGGCAGACGAAGAUCGGCGGCCCGUACGACCAAAGGAACCUAACUCUCUUACCGCGGCCACACACGAGGAGCGCAUGGGGCGUGCCGGUAUUGUCGUUGAGGCCCUUUGGAAUGAGGUCGAGGCAGUCAGUGAUUGGGAAACAAUUCUCAAUGUCUUGUUACUCGAUCACUCAUCUGCAGAUGAGGACUCUUCGAAUGCUCGAAAACAAAAGGUGAAUGGAAAGUCCAAGGCGAGCGAAGAUGGACUCGUCGACGAGGCUUGGCGAUUAGAAGAGGACGAGGAAACAGUGCUGAUUGAGGUACUUGUGGCAAGCCUCAAGUAUGCCAAGGAGUUCGCGAAGAAGGGUGAUGAAGAAAGUUUGACAAAUGACAUUACUCGGGCUCUUAUCAAAGGUCUUCCUCGAUUGCUCGUCAAAUACCAAACCGAUCAAAGUCGACUGACGAAUGUUCUCACGAUACCAACUUUCAUGAAUCUGGACUUGUAUCUCGAGAUGCGAAUGGUGUCGGCCUAUUCGAGUCUUUGGGACGACAUCAUGAAACAAUUCCUUUCCCACUCUGACCCCAUCGUCCUCAGCGUCGCUGCCCAGGCGAUGAUGUACCUCUUCUCCGCAACCUCUUUAUCCAACACCAACAGCACCAAAAUCCUUGAACUCGAGGAUGAGAUGGCCUCUGCGCUCCGAGACGCGGUUUCCGGUCGCGAUGAAAUUGAUAUCGCUGGGUUUGACGAAGACGAAAUGAUCACCCUGGGUGCUUUGUGCAUGCGGAUCUCUCUGCUCUUUGGGAGCCGUGAUUUGAGCUCGUGGCUCGAAGAGGACGAGGGUGGGAAGCAGAGCAGUAUAUCGGAUAUUGUUUCUGCGUUGGUCGAUCGUGGGAAGUUGGGAUACAAAGAGGAGGCCUUUAUGAUAACUCAAGCACUAGAAAUUCUUCACAAACAUCUUGUCUGGAAGAUGAGGCAUCUAAAGAAAGAGAAACAGGGAGACGAGCGUUCGCCGGAGGACACCCGGUUCCGAGAAAAACUCGAACAACAGCGCAACUCCUUACUCGAGCGAUGUGAGGAGUAUGCUGUGGCAAGCACCCAAUCCAACACCGCUAUCCUCGUUUCGCGCACAGCGUUCCUCUGCUUGAUUAAUAUGCAUAUACUCUUCGCCACUUUCAAGGAUAUACCAUUGUCGAUGAACGACGAAACUCAAUUUCGUUGUGCUGGCUAUAUGCAAGCGGAGAUUGAGCGCUAUGCGGAAACUCUAGCAGAAGAGAUCGAUGCUGAGGAUGCCGAGAAGGAGGACGAAAGUGGUGACGAAGACAACCAACAGAAGACGCUCAAGAAGAAGAAAAAUGCGGUCAGAGAGGUCGAUGUUCAUUCGCCCGCUCAAUUGCUCACCGAAUACUCCUUCGUUGAGCUCGCAGUGACAUUCAUCCAAGCAGUUCGGACUGGAGUGUUGAAUGUCCAGCACAGCGCCGUCCUCCUGUCGCAAUAUGGCCGUCUGGGGGCCACCUUCGACAACUUUACGAAACUCAUCGUGGAGACGUUACGCGAAGAGGGACUGGAGCAAGAUAACGGCGGCGAUACCGUUGUCGCUGUUGUCACCCAAGCGUUACAGGAAGCGUUUGGCUUGGUGCUUGAUGGCCUGGUUGCAGACGAGACUAGUCUUGUGCAGCUGUCCAAACAUCUUUCGCAGGCGUUCGUGCUGCGAGGAGCGCAUCUUGCGGUCCUUAAGCGUCUGGAGAUGCAGUAUGUCGUCCAGAUUCAGACGACAAACCUGAGCUGGAUCAUCAAGAAGAUCGGCGGGUUCGAGGCUAACAAGAAUAAGCACUCGCUGCGGACUUCGAUAACGUUCUUCAAAGCUUUGGUACCGCUACUUGUCGGUCUCCAUAGUCGGGAUGCGAUGAAGAUAAAGGCGCAUCUCGACCAAGCAUUGGCACAGGCCAAGGUGGACGCUUCCUCGACGUCGAAAAUCUGGGAACCUCUGCGGGCAUACGAGAAGCGGUUGGCUGUGAUUAUAUCCAAGGACAAGGCCCCAGCCAAAGGAGGACGGAAAGGGAAAGCUGCCAAAGGCGACGCUAUCACGUCGAGCGAAGACGAAACUGAAAUCAGUGAAGUCGAGAAACUGGUUGAAGAUCGGGAGCCGUCCCCAGUGAGACCAAAACCACGACGAUUACCCAGGAAGCCGCCUGUGGACGGCAGGCAGUCUUCGCCAGAGCAAGACCCCGAGCCCCCAACUCCCAGACCGCGACCAAAGCCCAAGGGAAAAUCUAGUCAAGCGCAAGUCAUACCGCCCACGCAGGAUAGCGAGUCAGAGAACGCUCGCUCAGCGCGGAGAUCAUUAUCAUCGUUAUCACCCCCGCCUGAUGACCCCCCGCCUUUUGAGACCCCCUCGCGAUCUCAAAAGCGGGCUCGACCGACUAGUGAUGACGAGGAGGACGAAGCAAGUGGCGGUGGUUCUGGGCCUGUGGCGGAUGACGACAAUUCGAUACCUGCGCGUCAACUGACUCCCGCCGGCGAUGUACAGCGGCGCAAACGAGCUCGCCACUGA